AUGGGGGAUUGGAAAUUGCUUGGGAGUGUCUUAGAAGAAGUCCAUAUUCACUCCACCAUAGUGGGGAAAAUCUGGCUCACAAUUCUUUUCAUAUUUCGGAUGCUCGUUCUCGGAGUUGCGGCUGAAGACGUCUGGGAUGAUGAGCAGAGCGAGUUCAUCUGCAACACCGAUCAGCCCGGAUGCCAGAACGUCUGCUACGACAAAGCGUUCCCAAUUUCUCUCAUACGGUUCUGGGUGCUCCAAGUCAUCUUUGUCUCAUCUCCAUCUCUGGUAUACAUGGGUCAUGCACUAUACAAGCUCAGGGCGCUUGAAAAAGAGAGGCAUAAGAAAAAAGCUGAAUUGAAGACGGAGUUGGAAGAGGUGGAACCUAGUCCAGAGGAACACAAAAGGAUCGAGAGGGAGUUGAGAAAACUGGAGGAGCAGAGAAAGGUCAGUAAAGCUCCUCUGCGGGGUUCACUGUUACGUACAUACGUUUUCCAUAUCCUGACAAGAUCAGUGGUGGAGGUGGGCUUCAUAGUGGGCCAAUAUGUCUUGUAUGGAAUUGGACUAGAUCCCCUGUACAAAUGCAAGAGGGUUCCUUGUCCGAACAGCGUGGAUUGCUUCGUUUCCCGCCCAACGGAAAAAACUAUUUUCAUGGUCUUCAUGAUAGUCAUCGCCUGUGUUUCUCUGUGCCUGAACCUUCUUGAAAUGUUCCACUUGGGAGUUAAAAAAAUGAAAGAAAAUUUAUUUGGAAAGAAGGGCGGAGACGAUGACAGUGUUUGCAAAUCUAAGAAAAACUCAGUGGUUCAGCAAGUAUGCGUCCUCACAAACUCAUCGCCGCAAAGAUUGGUGCAAUUAACAAUGAUGCCAGAUGGACAAAUGGAGCCUCUUCCGGUUUGCAUGGCUUCAGCCGCUUGUCAGCCUAGUCAGGAGGGACCGAGAUACAACGGCAUCGCCGGGGACCGCGACCAAGUAGACUUGUCGGAUCAGCGCCCCAGACUGCUCCACAGGCCCAGUCAAGACGAGAUCCAAGCUCUGCGCAUGUUGGCUUCCAUGGAGCGCCGCAACACUCUGGAGCGUCGCAACACUUUGGACAAUCGGGAUAACGUAUGCAACAGUGAUGACUCUAAUGGGAGCAACGGACCCAAGAGCUCUGGUCAAGCAAAGCAUGCUGGGUUGCAGCUGAGACAAUCCUCACUGUCUAGCCACAUGGAAUUACCAGCAGCCCUGCGCAAUGCCUUGCGCAACCAGAGCCGUGCCGUCUGCUUGAAUGAGGACCGGAGUGAUUCGGGGGACAGCGGUCCCUAUCCUACAAGUAGAAAGGCCAGUUUAAUGUCCCGUGGCAUGUAUGAGGGUAAGCUCACGAGUUCGUCCAGUAACGAAGCCUCGGAAAGCGGCUCCGUCUCUGAAUCUAAACGGCUGAGCCAAGGAGAGAGUCCACCCGUCACUCCGCCUCCUGCCAGUGGGCGGAGAAUGUCAAUGAGCAUGAUCCUCGAGCUAUCCUCCAUCAUGAAGAAAUGA